UCCAUCAUAAUUUUUGUUUCUGGAAUUUCAAAAACAUUUACACUAACGUUUUCCCCACCACCUUUCUUCUUGCCUGCUCUACGCUGGAACUGUCUUGCGUGCCUGCUUUCCUUUCAGACGUGAUAUUUAAGACUCAAUAAUAGCCAUCUCAAUUAGUCUCAGGUUUAAUAACUCGCCUUGCUCCUGUGACAUGAAUCUCUAUUUGCAUAUACUCCUCCCAGAGUGUGCAAAAUGAACUACAUCUGUAUGGAUUUGCUGUCUUCAAUGGGAAGCAUCCUUCUGGCACAAUACACGACACAAAUUGGACAUAUCUGAAUCAUAACACAGUGGUGAAUAACAGAACAGGGGAGAGAAAGGCAGAGAGUGCUGUUGAGCAGCGACAUGCUCUAGCAGCAUUACUGCCUUCACUCAGAGGAAUGCCCAUGGACGAGGCAGCCAGUCCUGGCUCUGUUUCCCUCUUUAACACCUACUAUUCCUCCGUCACAAUGAGCGAAAGGUGACGUGUAAGCACCCUGUAUCAGGAGCUCCCUCCCAGGACAACUGCAUCUUCGUCGUGAAUGAACAGGCAGCUCCGAAGACGGAGCAGGAAAAUAGCGGCAAUAAGAAGGAACGUCCCAUGAGCACCAUGAGCGAAGCGUCCAACUACACAGGUGGCUCGGACAACAGCAACUUCACCGGGAGCCCUGCCACCACUGUGACUCUCUCGUCUUCAUUCACACGGCCCUCAAGGUCUUCCAAAAAAGUUCACAACUUCGGUAAGAGGUCUAACUCCAUCAAAAGGAACAUCAAUACCCCAGUGGUCAAAAGCAACUGGCUUUAUAAACAGGACAGUACAGGCAUGAAGCUAUGGAAGAAGAGGUGGUUUGUUCUGUCGGACAUGUGCCUUUUCUACUACCGCGAUGAAAAAGAAGACAGCAUCCUGGGUAGUAUCCUGCUCCCGAGCUUUCACAUCUCCAUGUUGUCAGUGGAUGACCACAUCAGCAGAAAAUAUGCUUUUAAGGCUACUCACCCCAAUAUGAGGACAUACUAUUUCUGCACUGAUACAGCCAAAGAAAUGGAGUCCUGGAUGAAAGUCAUGACAGAUGCUGCCCUUGUCCAUGGUGGACCAGCCAAAAACUCAGCGCUGACAGCAGGGAAAUGCCCACAGAUAGACACGUCGGACAAGUUGAAAGUAGAUCAGCCAGCACCUCAGGAGUUGAACAAUGUAUUAAACAACAAACUCUUCAGCCGACCUGAGAUCCAGAACAAUGAACGAAAUCGUGACCCUGUACGUCAACAUUCCUUAUCACGGACUGAUGCGAAACAACCGAAAGAUGCAGAUAAGCUCCACAGCGAGAAGGAACGACAGUACUAUACCUUACAGAAAGAUGGGGGGAGGUAUUGCUUAAAGCAAGACUGUGUGAGCUACAUGCUCCAAAAGGAUGGUGAGAAGUAUCUGCUGCAUAAGGGAGAUGAAAAGUACAUGCUGCGAAAGGAUGGUGAAAAGUACUCCAUUCACAGGGACUUGGAAAAGUGCUCAGUUCAGAAAGUGGAUGACAAAUACAGAGCGACGCCAACAGAAGAAAACUGUAUACCAACCAAAGUUGGUGAUAAAUAUUUUAGGUCAAAAGAUGACGAGAAAUUUCUGCUGCAAAAAAUGGGAGUUACGCCCAACCUUGUGAACGAUGCUCAGAAAUAUGUCCCUCAGAGGGAAGUGAGGAGGCAGCUUUCAUUAAAGGAGACACAGAGUAAAUAUGGAACAUUACAAAUUGUGGACAAGUAUAACACUUUGAAGGAAGUUAGGAAGUACAGCACACUCAGAGAAGGGGAUAAAUACGCUACCCUCAGAGAGUUGGAAAAAUACGCUGCGCUUUGUCAUGGGGAUAAACACCGCUUCCAGCAAGAUCCCAGUGCAGCAUCGUCUCACACUAAAAUAAGCAACAUCAAGCUGCAGCCGGCCCAGGCAGCAGCUAUUGCAGCAGCGGUGUCUGCUUCCCGCCAGUGCCAGGCCGCCCUCACCUUGCCAAAGCCUGCGCAAGUAAAUGGAUCGGGGUCAGUUGACCACAAAAGCGACUGCAGCUCAGCAGCAGAAAACGAGAGCCAGGCCAGGGUUCCGGCUACUCCAGUUCAGGAACAAGAGAGAGGGUUGUCCAGACCCAAUUCCAUUCAGCAGGUGGAGCGUAUGGCUCGGACCCAAAAGGCCAAAGGGACAGAAGAGGACAGAAGUGUUUCAUCCUACCAGACCUUACCCAGAAACAUGCCCAGCCACCAUCCCCAGCUUGUACCCAGAUACCCUGAAGGCUACCGCACAUUACCCCGUAACAGCAUGAUGAGGCCUGACAGCAUCUCCAGUGUAGCAGGUUCGGUGUAUGAUCGGGCUCUUCGACCCGUCUCUACCAGCACUGUCACUACAGCGGAGAAGAGGAGGUCAAUGAGGGACGACACUAUGUGGCAGCUCUAUGAAUGGCAGCAGAGGCAGGCUUUCUCCAGGCAAAGUCUAGCUCAACCAGCAGGUCAUUAUGGGACCCUUCCGAGCAUAAAGACAAUGGGCAACAUAUCCGAACACGCUGCAGUACACUCCGUUCUCACCUCGCCAUCUCACGGAUCGUUAGCCCUCUACAACACACUGCCCCCUCCAAGCCAGCAAGGCGUCACCAAAACCAGCAGCUCCCACUCUGAGGUGUCUCCACCGAUCUUUAGAGAAGACGGGACACUUGACCGUCUGCACAGGACACACCCUGCCAAGUUUGGAGGCACACUUGAUCGCCGUCCUGUGGUAGCCAGUGUUCCUACUCAACCCAUUACAGCUCAGUCACUGCAAGGCAAAACGCCUGAGGAACUGACACUGAUGCUCAUCAAGCUCCGCCGGCAGCAGGCAGAGCUCAACAGCUUGCGGGAGCACACAGUAUCCCAACUAAUGGCCCUGGGAAUAGAGGGGCCCAACCCCAAGACUGAUGUUCUUUCCCAUCAUCUUCAGAGGAACCUUGUUUACCUGGACAACCAGAAAAAGGAGAAUGAGCCUCUUAUCUUCAUGAUUCACACUAUGAUCGAGAACUCGGCACCACGGCCGCAACUCUACCAGCAAAUCACUCCAGAUGAGUACCAAGACUGCCCUGCAAUCCAACCCACGGACGACAUUGAUACCAAACUGAGCAGGUUUUGUGAGCAGGACAAGGUAGUGAGGAUGCAAGAGGAAAAACUACAUCAACUACACAGAGAGAAGCACACUUUGGAGACAGCACUGCUCUCUGCCAGUCAGGAAUUAAGUGACCAGAGUAAUCCUAGUACUUCAGCCACACAAAGCCUCGUCCAGCAGAGAGAUGUACUCCAAAAUGGCCUGCUUAGCACCUGCAGAGAACUUUCCAGAGUCACUACGGAGCUGGAGCGCUCAUGGAGGGAGUAUGAUAGGCUGGAGGGAGAUGUCACUUUGUCAAAGUCCAACCUACUGGAGGAGCUGGAAGCCCUGGGCAGCCCACAGACAGAGCCUCCAAGCGAGCAGCACAUUCAGAUCCAGAAGGAGCUGUGGAGAAUUCAGGAUGUGAUGGAGGCACUGAGUAAAAAUAAGCCACAGCGCAGCACGGACAGUUGUUCUGAUUCCAAACCACUCUCCAGCCUACAAAAGAAUGAGGCAGUGACACUGCUGCCACUCAGUCCUCUCAAGACGGGAAAUGGCGUUCCCCCCCGUCCACCUCUUCCACAGUACUACUAUUCAUCCGACCACCCCCCUCACAUGCCCUCCCACCAUCCGAACUCCAGCAGCCGCCUGCCUCCUUACACGCAACGCCCCGAGGAUCGCAAAACCGGCUCUAGGAAUGGCACGCACAGUCAAGGUCCAGACUAUCGGUUGUAUAAGAGCGAACCUGAGCUGACCACAGUCAAAGAGGAAGUGGAUGAAGUCAAUGUUGAGGACAAGGACAAAGACAAGAAUGAAACUGCUGCUGAGAAUGUUGACAGUGUAGCCUCAAAAGCAGUGCCCCUCUACCCAGUGGGCAUUGUUCCUCUGAGAACCAAAUCUCCUAUGAGCCCUCCUGAGUCCACGACAAUUGCCUCUUACGUCACCCUGAGGAAGACUAAAAAGCCUGAAUCCAGAUCAGCUCGUCCCAGAAGCGCACUAGUAGACCAGAUCGGCUAUGGGGAGAGAGAAGUGGGCCGACCCAGGAUGAGUGUGGAGGAGCAGAUGGAAAGGAUGAGAAGACACCAAGAAGCGUCAUCUCAACGAGAGAAGAGAAGAGAAGCCCUGUCCCGCUCGCAUUCAUUCAGCAAAGAUGACCCCUUUGUUGUGCUGCAGGUUCAGGCCCAUGCAGUGGGAACCUGUGCAGACCCUUUGGAGCUGGAAGCGGCCCUGAAGCAAGUGAAGAUGUUUCACAGUGAACAGAGCAGGACAGAAACUGAAGCUGUAUCUCGCGCAGAGGAAGUGCCUACUACAUCACAGGAGGUGUGUGAAGAAGCAUCGCAUGACAGGGGAAUUACUCUGCAGAGUGGAUAUUUGCUGCAAACUGAGACUAACAACACAGAAAAUGAGCUGUGUGAAGUGCAGACGGCAGUGAUUUUGGACCGGCACACUGAGACCCAGCAUGUGGAGAUAGUAAACCUUCACUCUUUUGAGGAUGACAAAAGCAGAGAAGAUAUGACCAGCUCGCCAACAAAUAUCACCACUGAAAACAGCUUCCAGAGUUCUUAUCCGGAGAUGCCGAGCCCUGAGCCCAAAGAAGGGGAGUUAGAUGUGCUGCAACAGAAGGCCAGGGAGGAGAGCCUGGAGAAGCACCUAGAAUCCUACAACCAGCUACCAGCAAAUGACAAGAAACACAACAAUAACAACUUAUUGGCUUCACAAAUGUUCACUAUGCUGAGCAAUGACGCGUGAGCAUCAACCUCGACAUCCACCACGGCAUCCCAUAAAGCCUGAAUGUAGCAAGUUGCAAAGAGCGUACUUCCCCCCCGGCUUCCUGCAUUUACAAGACCACUGCGAUGACACAAAAAGGAGACUGAAAAGUUGACUUCAAGCAGAGUGUCCGAGGCAG